AUGGCUGAAGUUGAUGUUGUUGCAAUUCCUUCUAAAGCAAACUAUGUAGCUUUUGAUGCUUUACGUCUUGGUCGCUCUACUCAACAGGUUGUUGGUCGCCUACUUCGUUUUUGGGAUGCUCGCAACAUCAAGAAAGAUGGCCAAUUCAUGGGCAUAGUCCUCCUGUUACUUGAUGAAAAAUGCUCCGUAAUCCAUGCUUUUAUCCCAGCAGCUCUUGCUUCACAUUUCCGCCAAGUUUUGCGUGAAGGCAUAAUCUUCAAUGUUAGUGGGUUUGAAGUGGGACGUUGCACGAAACUCUACAAGAUCACUGACCAUCCUUUUCUCCUCCGUUUUCUCCCUGCCACAACGAUUAUUGAAGUUUCAGAUGUUGGCCCUACAAUUGAGAGGGAAAAAUUUAUGCUACGUAACUUUGACAACCUUCAAGCUCUUGCUAACACCAACAUUGAACUUCCUGGCCAAAUCACUUUCGUCCAAGGGUCAAACUUGAAUGAUCCAACUUCUACUCAACGUUUGGUUUUGCGAUACCGGAUUGAUUCGUCUGUUAUUGUCUACUUAUCACUAUGGGAUGAUGUCGCCGCAACCUUUCGUGCCCAUCUUAGCUCUGGACGAGCUGAGGAGCUUGAGGGCGAGCUGAUAAGCUUGAGGACGAGCAGAGGAGCUAGAGAACGAGCUGAGGAGCUUGAAGACUUUAUUCUUGAUUUGGGCCGAGCUAAAAUGAGGGGUGCAAUCCAUCCCCCAACAUGCCCCAUGGAGCUUUCCGUAUUUUUCUUCCCCAGAAGCUCAAACAUCAACAGUUAUUCACUAAAAGCAAACGAUGAACGCGUGCUCAAAACCCUUAAUCUUGCUCCGUUGGUGAAGAAACCGUUAUCAUGCCGCAAACACCAUCUUAUUAUGAAGAAAUGUCUUGCCAACAACAACCCGGAUGCUCACUACAUAAAAGGUAUAAUAUGGUACUUUAACCUUGAUCAUUGUGACGUUGGUCUCCACCAUAUUGGCAUAGCAGCUAACGGAGGCCAGAAAGAAGCAAUCUACAUCCCGGUUGUCUUCGGUGAGAUCAACCAAGUCGGUACAGAUUCGAACCGGAAAAUUGCCAAGAGGUUCAAGCGUGUGCAUGAUGAGUUCAGAUUUAAGAGACAACUUUAUGAAUCAAAGUAA